AUGGAAAAGAGCAAAAAGAGGGUGUGGCUGGAGUCCUACAUUUUUGACGACUCUGAGUUAGCCAAGGAGGUGGUGGAUAGUCUAUGUAAUGCAGCAAAGAGAGGAUGCGAUGUCAUUCUUCUUAUUGAUUAUGUAGGAAGUAUGAAAAUAAAAAAUAAAUGGGUGAACAAACUGAAGGAGAGUAAUAUACUAAUAGUAGACGGCGCUGCGUACUGCGGGUCGAUGAAUGUGUCCGAGAGCGUCCUCCCGAGUGGAGAGGUGGGCGAGGGGGAGGAAGAAGCGGAGGAAGAGGCAGCAGAGGAAGCGAACGAAGCGGACACAGAAGAGGCAGCUAACGCAGCUAACGCAGCUAACGAAGCGAGCGAAGCUGGGGGAAGCGCUUCCACCCGGGGGGGAAUCAUGCCGAACCGGUGCGAGCACCCACUCGCUAGUGAGGAGCACCCCGAAGCGCGCGAAAAAAUGAGCAAAGGAAGAGGCAAACGCCUGCAGUACUACGACCUACACAUAAAGGUGAAAGGACCCGCAGUGAAAGAUCUGGCAGACGUUUUUAUCGACUCACUUAGGAUGACCAAGACGUCCUUCACCAGGGAACCAAUCGAGGAACAGAACAGAUAUGCGGACGAACAGGGGAACUCUUGCUUCGUGCAAGUGCUAGAGUCGAAUGUGCUGAGCAAAGUUAGGUCCAUUCAGUCCACUUUCGAGUGGGUUAUUAAAAAUGGAGCCACGAAAAAUAUUCACAUAACGACUAGCUAUUUUAUCCCCCCCGGUUUUCUCAGGAGAGCUUUGUUUUCUGCCCUGAACAACGGGGUGGACAUUUCGUUUCUCCUUUCUGGGAACUCGGACGUCGUGGGAGACGUGCCCGCCACGUAUCACAUUGUUAAGAAAUUUCUCAGGAGGUCCCAGAGGGGGAGCGGCGGGAGUGGCGGGAGUGGCGGGAGUGGCGGGAGUGGCGGGAGUGGCGGCGAGAGUAGCGAGAGCAGCCAACCCGCGCAGGGGAAAGCAAAUUCCUAUCCCCUUGACAACUCCCACCCGCAUGGCAACUCCUACCUGCACAACCUGCGCAAGAGAGCGGAGUCCAGAAUAGGAGAUAACUUCCUGAAGAGACAAAACAAAGGAAACAGCGAGUUUUUUUUUUUUCAGAAGAGACACUGUCAUGCGAAAAAUCUUAUGGUAGAUAGUCUAUGGUGUGCUGUGGGUUCAUACAACUGGGAUCGAUUUUCUUCAAGACGUAACUUAGAAGUGAUGGUCUCCAUUUUUGACCAAAAAAUAUGCAGCCAGUUUGUGCAGGAACAUAAGAGUAGAAUAAGGAGUGAUUCAAAACAGGUGACCCUCGCGCAUCUGGUUAAUCGAAACUUGCUUCAGGGAUUUUUCAGCUAUUGUGCUUACCACAUGGCGAAAUGGUCAGGAAAGAACAUACUCGAUGGACUCUCCAAGGACAGUAAGAAAACUCUUCUGAGGAAGGCUAUUGUGAAUAAGUACCUGUCGGAUAACUGUGUAGAGUAUAUAUCCCUCAACAUGAUGUGGGGCGCGUAG